AUGUCCGAAGCCGUACAGCAAAUUGAUCACAAAUUUCUGGACCGGCAGAGCCGCACCAUCGGCACUUAUGGCCUUGAAACCAUGGCAAAGCUUAUCUCCUUCAAGGUGCUCAUUCUCGGCUGUGGCACCGUGGGCAUUGAAAUUGCCAAAAAUUUGUCAUUAGCUGGUGUGCAUACAAUCCAUUUGUACGACCCUCGGAAGGUGACCCGGGCACAUAUGGGCGUGAACUUCGCCGUAGGGGAGCACACCAUCAAAGCGAAUAAAACGCUUGCGGAGGCGUCAUGUGCAUACAUCGCGGAACUUAAUCCCAACACGCGUGUGCGGGUCGAGACCGUGUUAAAUGAGGCUGUUGUAGCGCAGAACACGGCUCUCAUCAUCACCUCGGACGCCCCUGACCUCUCCGCGGGGACACUGAUUCAUUGGGAUUUUUUCUGCCGGAACCACCGACCGGUGAUUUCUUUUAUGUUGGCCUUGCAAACCGCGGCAGUAGGCUCGAUCUUUGUCGACCACGGCCCAUCUUUUGUCGUCAACGAUGUUGACGGCCGGCCGACGCUGCAAAAGUCAAUUUUGGAGAUAACUACGCUGACAGACAAGGCGGGGGAUCGCUAUAGCCGCAUUCGAUUCGAAACUCCGGAAGGGCAGACCCCGGGUGCGCUGCGGGACUACACUCGGAUCAAACUCACGGAUGUGGUCGGCCUCACCAAACCAAACGGCGAGAGUGUGAACAACCGGGAGUUUGACGGGGUGGUGUGUUUGAACGAUUCACGGAACACCGUGCGGGUGUACCCGUCCUUUGAUGAUUUGGCGUACAGCGCGUACAAAACGGGUGGCUUCCUUCACGAGGUGAAGGAGACCAUCCCGCUGACGUUCCGCUCACUCCAAGAGUGCCUCCCCGCCCCUGGCGACUUUGUGCAAGUCAGUCCGAUGAUGGACAAUGCCGAGGAAUCCCAAAUGCAUCUUUUCAUUAACGCGCUCUUGCGCUUUGCUGAUACGCACAACGGACGUUUUCCCGCCCUGCACAAUCGGGCGGAUGCGGAGGAAGUCGUCGCGUUGGCCCGGACCAUUCUCCGUGAAAACACGGCGAUGCCUAGGCCCAAAGUGCAGGAGUCGUCUGCUCCCAUCGCGCCACCAAAAUCUGAGUUUCCGUUUAAGAAGCCGCUCCCCCUGACACCGGUACCUCUUGUUAUGAAUCGAAUAAAUGAGGAUUCCAUUAAAAAAGAAGCACUUAUCGCGGGUGUCGAGCUCCAGCCCCUUGCAUCCUUUAUCGGCGCCGUCGUGGCGCAGGAGGUUGUCAAGAUCACGGGCAAGUACACCCCCAUUCACCAAUGGUUCCACCUCUCAAUGGAGUCUGUCCUUCCUGACUCCCCAAACUAUGCCAGCGCCGAGUUUCGCGCCCCGGACAGUCGCUAUGCGAACUUGAUCGCGAUUUUUGGAAAGUCCUUCCACGACAAACUAGCGAAUUUGAGGAUCUUCCAGGUGGGCUGUGGGGCGUUGGGGUGUGAGAACCUCAAGAACUUCGCGCUCAGCGGCAUUGCCUGCGGCAAGGGCGGCUCGCUCAUCGUCACUGACAACGACCGCAUUGAGGUCUCCAACCUCAGCCGACAAUUUCUCUUUCGGGAGGAAAACGUCGGGCAGUCUAAAUCCGCCGCAGCCGGGGCCCGAAUGCGGGAAAUCAACCCGAGUGCCCCGAUCGACAGCCGCCAGGAUUUUAUCGGUCCCUCCACCGAGCAUCUCUACACGGAAGCUUUUUGGCAGGGGUUGGAUGUGGUGGUGAACGCCCUCGAUAAUAUGGAGGCGCGCCUAUACGUAGAUCAGCAGUGUGUGAACUUCCAUAAGGUGCUGGUCGAGUCGGGGACGAUGGGGACGGGGGGAAAUGUGGAUAUCAUCGUCCCGGGGAAGACGACAUCCUACGCGGACGGCGGCACCGCUGAUCAAACGGGCGGCAUUCCCAUGUGCACGCUUCGUAAUUUUCCUUAUAUCUACGACCACUGUAUUGAGUGGGCGCGCGCCCAGCUUGACGAUCUUUUUGUAUCGCCAAUAAACGCUGCACGGCAGAUAAUGGAGGAACCCGAGGCCUUCAUUGCGCGUAUUAAGGAAGAGGUCGAGGCGGCCAAAAGCGGCGGUGAAAGGCUUAGUCUAGUUGAAAAGCACCUCGGCUCACUAAAAGGUCUCAAGCAGACCCUCGAAAUUAUCGCUCAGGGUCCCAGUAUGUCGACCUGCGUUCAAAUGGCCCUUGAUACCAUGUUAAAACUCUUCCGCGACCGUAUUUACGACCUGCAAACAUCCUUUCCGAAAGACUCCAAAAAAAAAAUGGCGAGCCCUUCUGGUCCGGGCAUCGCCGAUACCCCAAAGCCCUCGAGGUCGACCUCCACGAUAUUCCAAACCACCCCGAUGUGGUGA